AUGACUGCUUAUGGGCAAUUAAAUGCAUCCUUCUCGGCCCACUUCACCCCACCCUGGGUGGCCAAUGCAUCCUCUUCCGUCACCUCAGAGGACAUAUUGGCCACCAGGGAUGAACAGGAUCAUCCUGAGCCUCACCGGAUGAGACGAAAGCACCUCUCUUGCCUCCGGGGAGAAAGCGAAGAGAGAGACAAAGGCCCUAUCAUCGAGAGCUUUGCGACAAAUUUCUCGAACAUCUACGAGUCAGAGUUGCUUCCUGCCAGGAACGGUGAGAAAUUCACAGAACAUUUCCUUCACGAAGUAGUGGAUAUUCUCCUGAGCUACAUCAAGAAAACAUACGACGGGAAGAGUAAAGUGCUGGACUUCCAUCACCCUCACCAGCUUUUGGAAGGCUUAGAAGGCUUCAGUGUGGAGGUCUCUGAUCAGCCGCAGCCUUUGGAGCAAAUACUCGUUGACUGCAGGGAUACCUUAAAAUACGGCGUUAAGACAGGACAUCCUCGAUAUUUCAACCAGCUCUCUAGUGGCCUUGACGUUAUUGGACUGGCUGGGGAAUGGCUGACAGCGACGGCAAAUACCAACAUGUUUACAUACGAAAUAGCUCCCGUAUUCAUUGUGAUGGAAGAGGUCCUGCUUAAAAAAAUGCAUGAAAUUAUUGGAUGGGGACAGAGUGAAGCAGAUGGUGUAUUCUCUCCUG